UAGAGCAUAAUGAAUCCAUUGUUUCUUUUAAAGUAAAGAAAAGGAAACGUCAUGCCGUGAUGAACAAUCUAAUGAUUCUUCGUCCUCAUCUCCUAAAACAAAGAAAAUAUUGACCUCUAAAUGUAACCCAGCAAAACAAAACCGUGUGUUUUCUUUAAUCGAAAAAAAAAUCAUUAUAAUUAAAAAUAACCAUUAAUGUGUUAAAGCAAAUUUAAUUAUUCAAUAAGUUUAUUAUUUUUAAAAAUGAUAAAGAACUCCAGUAUAUCACAUGAAAACUCCAGGAAAAAUUUAAGCGAAGAUGAAAUAAAUAAAAAACAUCAUAGUAUUGAAAGCAGUGGAGAUAGUGAUAUUUCAAAAGAGUCUUUUGCUUCCUUUGAAGUAAGGAAAAAGCGAUCGUUGUGUUGUGAUGAAGAAUCUAAUGAUUCCUUGUCCUCAUCUCCGAAAAUAAAGAAAAUAUUGAUCUCUAAAUGUAAACCAGUGAAACUAAACCAAAUGAUAAAGAACUCCAGUAUAUCACAUGAAAACUCUAUGAAAAGUAUAAACGAAGAUAAAAUGAAUACAAAAAAUGUGAUGCUAAAUCCAAAUUAUAAGUAUUGUCCUACAUGUGACUGUGCAGCUAAAGGUCAUGCAUCGAAAGCUAAUCUGGAAUCUGCUAGGAGAAGUAUCGAAUAUCGUAUUAGAGAGGAAGCGAAAAUCACAAGAACGUUGUUUAGUCUUUACAAUUACACAGUUGAUAUUCAAAAAAUAAUGACCAAACAGACAAUUAACGAAUUACCAAUCAACCAUGUAGAAAGCUUCCUUGAUUUUGAUAAUAAAUUGAAGACUGAUUUAGUAAUGAUGCAAAAACUGAAAUGCUUUAACAUGUUAAAUGUGAAAAGUACAUUAAAACUUUCGGAAAAUUUUUCUUUUAUAAUUCCUAAGAUUAUUUUACCAAAUAUUCAAGUGCUCUACAGUGCUUUUGGGCGAGAAUCAGAAGGUGUAAAAAAGUUAAAUUUCUCUGGUACAGAAACUUACAAAUAUUUGCUAGAAGUAGUUACAAUGAAAUUUCCUGACAUAAAUGAAAAAGAAAUUUCAAGUCAAAUAAGUUGCUGGUUUUCAGGUGCAAAGGAUAGAGAUGGUGGAAAGAGAUACCGAUUAUUAAAAUAAAAAAAGUCGUGAAGAGCGAAAGGAUAUCGAAAAUGAAGACGAAAUUCUAUAAUUUUAUCUAUUUGUAAUAAUACAAAAAAAAAAUUACUUAAAAAGUAUAAA